AUGUUUCAGAACCUCGGUACUGAUGCAUUUUCGGUGCGCAUGCGAUGUGUACACAAAAAGUCGCACACGGAAUUUGCUGUUAAGGUGAUUGAUAAAAGAAAGCGUGAUCCCACAGAAGAGGUUGACAUAUUGAAGCUUUAUUCGCAUCAUCCGAAUAUUGUGAAACUCUACGAUGUAUAUGAGGACAACUUGGACAUCUACUUGGUGGAGGAGCUGUGCCUGGGUGGUGAACUGUUGAGUACGAUCAUGUCUUUAAAGUAUUUCUCAGAACGUGAAGCUGCUGCUGUCAUGUUAAGACUCGCUAAUGCUAUUAGCUAUUUGCAUUCAAAUCAGGUACCUUUAUAUGACCACUUAAAAUUACUGCGCUGUCUUCGUUUCGCACUAUGCUGGCAAUGUCCAGUUGUGGUACUAAUUUAUCAUAUCCCACUUUUCCGCACACCAUGUCUUUAUGUCGGGUAA